UUCAAUUGCUUUGUAAAUUUCAAACUUCAACGUACGUAGUAAUAAUUUAAUAAAGGUAAUAUAAAGAAAGAAAUUCUACUACUAUAAAACUCACGAUUUAAUAAGGGACUGUAAAAGCAGAAACCUUGAUAAAAAAAGUUGUGUAUUCAAAGUAUGAGUUAUGAAAGAUUGUUGGUGGGGAUGUUGGUGUUGUUGAUGCAGACAGAUCUUUUAGCCUUGGGCCAAAUCUCUUGCGGAAACAAUGGCAAUUACACUAGCAACAGCGCAUACAGCGCUAACCUCAACACCACUCUCUCUUCUCUCUAUACAAACAUCGACAACGAUGGCUUCUACAACGCCUCAACCGGGCAGGGUCCCGACAGAGUCGACGCCGUCGCGCUAUGCAGAGGCGACUUGCAGCUCAACGCGUGCCGCGAAUGCGUGCAAAAAGCCGGCGCGGAUCUCGUGGGUUCCUGCCCGGUUCAGAUGCAGGCCAUCGGUUGGGAUGGUGAUUGCACGUUGCGAUACUCAAACGCUACCGUCUACGGGACUCUGGCGACUGCUCCCGCAUACUACGUGUUUAGUACAGAGAACGUGACGAGUCCAGAGCGGUUUAGGGAGGCUAUGAGAGCGUUGCUCAAUGAUCUUCGUGGAAGAGCUGCAGGCGGCUCGUCUGCGAGGAAGGUGGCAGCUGAUUAUACAACUGGACCUGAUUAUCAAACGAUUUUUGGCAUGGCUCAGUGCACCCCGGAUUUGACAUCGGAAGAUUGUAAUAGUUGUUUGGAUGGUGCUAUUUCAGAAAUACCGCUGUGUUGUGGUGGGAAAAGAGGGGCUAGAGUCCUCAAGCCCAGUUGUUACGUCUGGUUUGAGUCCACUCCGUUUUACAAUGAAACUAGGCUUCAGGAACUAGAGUCCGUUCCUCCGCCUCCGCUUACGCAGCCAUCGCCGUCAGGAAAGAAAAAUGGUAGCACAACUAUUGUGAUAAUAGUGGUUGUAGUUGUUGUGUGUUUGAUAGUGGCUGUAUCAGCUAUCGUCUUUCUAAAAAAGAGAAAGAAACAUAAACCAAUGGAAAUUCCUCAAACUAUCGACGGUAUUAGCUCAGCCGAAUCUCUGCAGCAUGCUUUCAGCACAAUCAAAGCCGCAACCAAUGAUUUUUCUGAUAAUAAUAAGUUGGGUCAAGGUGGAUUUGGGAUAGUUUACAAGGGGAAAUUUCCAAAUGGUCAAGAAAUUGCAGUGAAAAGAUUGUCGAGGGAUUCUGGGCAAGGCGAUAUGGAAUUCAAGAAUGAGGUUCUGUUACUAGCUAAGCUUCAACACAGGAAUCUGGUUAGACUGUUAGGUUUCUCCUUAGAAGGAAUGGAGAAGCUGCUAGUGUAUGAAUAUGUUCAGAAUGCAAGCUUGGAUAACUUCAUAUUCGACUCAGUCAGGCAUUCAGAUUUGGAUUGGGAUACACGCUACAAGAUCAUAGGAGGUAUUGCGAGGGGAAUCCUCUACUUGCACGAAGAUUCUCGUCUCAGGAUCAUUCACCGUGAUUUAAAAGCCAGUAAUAUACUCCUAGACAGAGAGAUGAGUCCUAAGAUUGCUGAUUUUGGUAUGGCAAGAUUGUUCGGACAAGAUGAAACACUGGGAAAUACAAGCAGAGUCGUGGGAACAUACGGUUAUAUGCCACCAGAGUACUUAAUACACGGACAGUUCUCAAUCAAGUCGGACGUCUACAGCUUUGGAGUAUUAGUCCUUGAAAUCAUCAGCGGCCACAGAAAUAAUGGUUUUCGAAGCGGGGAUGGCAGCGUAGGAGACCUCCUGAGCUAUGCUUGGAGAAGUUGGCAAGAAGGAAGAGUUGAGAAAGUGGUAGAUCCAAUUUUGAGUGGUUCGGAUUCAGGUUUGAGAAAUGAGAUGCUGAGAUGCAUCCAUAUCGGUUUGCUGUGUGUUCAGGAAAAUGCAGCGGAUCGACCAACCAUGGCUUCUGUGGUGCUUAUGCUGAGUAGCUUCUCCAUGACCCUAAAUAUACCCUCAGCGCCUGCAUUUUAUUCUCAUCGUUCCUCGCCAAAUCAAGCCUCCAUUAUUGACUUACAACCGCAUAGUAGCCUGCAUUUAGUUAGCAUGACUUAUCGAAGGUUGCUGUCGUUGUUCUUCCUGUUGUUGAUCCCAACAGAUCUCUACGCCGGGGACUACUCCUCAUCCAAUUGCUGCAGCAAUGGCAAUUACACCAGAAACAGCUCAUACAGCGCUAACCUCAACGCCACACUCUCUUCUCUCUAUAAAAACAUCGACAGCGAUGGCUUCUACAACGCCUCGACCGGGCAGGGGCCUGACAGAGCCAACGCCCUCGCGCUGUGCAGAGGCGACGUUCAACUCAGUGUAUGCCGCGAAUGCGUGCAAAACGGCGUGGCCACACUCGUGGCCUCGUGCCAGGUUCAGAAGCAGGCAGUCUUCUGGGAUGAUUUCUGCACUCUGCGAUACUCGAAUGCUACUGUCUACUCGACUCUGGCGACUAGCCCCGUAUACUACUUAUUGUAUCCAGUGAACGUGACCAGUCCAGACCAGUUCAGGGUAGAUCUGAGGACGUUGUUGGAUGAUCUUCGUAGACGAGCCGCUGGUGGCUCGUCUACAAGGAAGGUGGCAGCUGGGAAUGCAACUGGACCCGAUUUUCAAAUGAUUUUCGGGUUAGUUCAGUGCACCCCGGAUUUGUCAUCACAGGAUUGUACAAGUUGUUUGGUUGGUGCCAUUUCGGAAAUACCGCAAUGCUGUGAUGGGAUGAAAGGCGGCAGAGUACUCAGGCCAAGUUGCAAUCUUCGUUUUGAGAGCGCUCCUUUUUUCAAUGAGACUAGGCGUCAGGAACUAGAGUCUGUUCCUUCGUCUCCUCCUCUUAUCGAGACGCCUCCACAGUCACCACCGUCAGGAAAGAAAAAUGGUAGCACAACUAUUGCGAUAAUUGUGGUUGUAGUUGUUGUGUGUUUGAUAGUGGCUGUAUCAGUUAUCGUCUUUCUAAGAAACAGAAAGAAACAGAAACCAGUAGACAUUCCUCAAAGUGUCGAUGAUAUUAGCACAGUCGAAUCUCUGCAGUACGCUUUCAGCAUAAUCAAAGCUGCAACAAAUGAUUUCUCCCAUCAUAAUAAACUGGGCCAAGGUGGAUUUGGGAGUGUUUACAAGGGGAAACUUCCGAAUGGUCUAGAAAUUGCCGUGAAAAGAUUGUCAAGAGAUUCCGGGCAGGGCAAUAUAGAAUUCAAAAACGAGGUUUUGUUAUUGGCUAAGCUUCAACACAGGAAUCUAGUUAGACUACUAGGUUUUUCCUUGGAAGGAAUGGAGAAGCUGCUAGUAUAUGAAUAUGUUCAAAAUGGAAGCUUGGAUAACUUCAUAUUCGACUCAGUCAGGCAUUUAAAUUUGGAUUGGGAUUGUCGCUACAAGAUCAUAGGAGGUAUCGCGAGGGGAAUCCUCUACUUGCACGAAGAUUCUAGUCUCAAAAUCGUUCACCGUGAUUUAAAAGCUAGUAAUAUUCUUCUAGACAGUGAGAUGAGCCCCAAGAUUGCGGACUUUGGUAUGGCGAAAUCGUUCGGACAAGAUGAAACGCAGGGAAAUACAAGCCGAGUUGUGGGAACAUACGGUUAUAUGCCACCAGAGUACGUAAUGCACGGACAGUUCUCAAUCAAGUCCGAUGUCUACAGCUUUGGAGUAUUAGUCCUUGAAAUCAUCAGCGGACAAAAAAACAAUGGCUUCCGAAGAGGGGGUGACAGCGUAGGAGACCUCCUGAGCUUCGCAUGGGAAAGUUGGCAAGAAGGAAGAGGUGGAGAAGUGGUAGACCCAUUUUUGAGGAGUGGUUCGGGUUCGAUGAACGAGAUGCUGAGAUGCAUCCACAUUGGUUUGGUGUGCGUUCAGGAAGAUCCUGCGGAUCGGCCAACCAUGGCCUCGGUGGUGCUUAUGCUGAGCAGCUUCUCCAUAACCUUAAAUUUGCCUUCAGAGCCAGCAUUUCACGUUGCCAGUGGUUAUGGUUUGGAUGCAUCGCUUAUUCACAACUCCGACUCCACAAAUUCUCACCAUAGGACUACUUCUCGCUCGACACAGCAGUCUCAGCGUUCCUCCAGAAAUGGUGCCUCCAUUACUGACUUGCAUCCUCGCUGAAUUCUCUUUGUUUAAGGUUGAUUUUUAUUUUAUUUCUGUUCUUUGCCGAUUGAAUUGUUAAGGUUGAUCUGAAAUAUUUAUCUAACUUUGUGAUUUUUAUUAGAAUAAAGUCCAAUUUUGGUCUCUUA